CGGCCUGUCUCCAUAAACCCUUGGGCCAAAUUUAAACCCUAGAAGGUUGCGGCGUCGGAGUUUUUGCUGCAACCAAAGUUAAUAUGUUGCUUCUCUUUGAAACGCCGGCUGGCUUUGCUCUUUUCAAGGUUCUCGAUGAAGGAAAACUUUCCAAAGUCGAGGAUUUGAGCAAAGAAUUCGCCUCCCCUGACUCCGCUAGACAGGUUGUCAAGCUGAGAGCAUUCUCAAAAUUUGAGAAUACCGCAGAUGCAUUGUCUGCUGCUACCCAACUGAUAGAGAGUAAACCCAGCAAAGGCCUCCGGAAAUUCCUCCGUAGCCACUGUGAUGGUGAUAUUCUAGCUGUAGCUGAUUCUAAGCUUGGUAACACAAUCAAAGAGAAGCUUCAAAUUGAAUGCGUCCAUAACAAUUCGGUUAUGGAAUUGAUGAGAGGGGUCAGAAGUCAGUUGACCGAACUGAUAUCUGGCCUAGCAGCACAGGACGUGGCACCGAUGAGCCUAGGUUUAUCUCACAGCCUAUCCCGAUACAAGUUAAAGUUCAGCCCUGAUAAGGUUGAUACAAUGGUAAUUCAAGCCAUUAGCUUGUUGGAUGACCUUGACAAAGAGUUGAAUACAUAUGCAAUGAGGGUCAGGGAGUGGUAUGGAUGGCAUUUUCCCGAACUUGCGAAGAUCGUGCAAGAUAACAUCCUGUAUGCAAAGUCUGUGAAAUUGAUGGGCUACCGUUCCAAUGCGGCCAAGCUUGAUUUCUCCGAGAUACUUCCAGAGGAGGUUGAGACAGAACUAAAGGAGGCAGCCGUGAUCUCCAUGGGAACUGAAGUCAGUGAUCUGGAUUUGGAGAACAUAAAGGAUCUAUGCAACCAAGUUCUCUCUCUUUCUGAGUACAGAGCUCAGCUUUACGACUAUCUAAAAAGUAGGAUGAACACUAUUGCCCCGAAUUUAACUGCACUUGUUGGUGAACUUGUUGGUGCUCGGUUAAUUGCACAUGGAGGUAGCUUGGUGAAUCUGUCUAAGCAGCCUGGAAGUACGGUGCAGAUACUUGGUGCGGAGAAGGCUCUCUUCAGAGCAUUAAAGACUAAGCAUGCAACUCCGAAGUAUGGUCUUAUCUAUCAUGCAUCUCUGAUCGGUCAAGCUGCCCCAAAGCACAAGGGUAAGAUAUCACGGUCUCUCGCUGCAAAAGCUGCUUUGGCUAUACGCUGCGAUGCUCUCGGAGAUGGCGGAGAUAACACAAUGGGUGUGGAGAAUCGAAUCAAGCUUGAAGCAAGGCUGAGGAGCUUAGAAGGAAAAGAACUAAGUCGUUCUGCUGGUUCUGUGAAAGGAAAGCCGAAUAUCGAGUUUUAUGACAAGGACAGGAAGAAGGGAUCUGGAGGGAUGAUCACUCCUGCCAAGACUUACAAUCCUGCAGCUGAUUCAGUUCUUGCACUUACGGAAUCACUCUCCAAGGAUAAUGACGAAGAAGAAGCAGAACCUGAAGUUGUUGAAGAAGAGCAGAAAAAGAAGAAAAAGAAGAAGAGGGCUGAGCCUGAAGAUGCCACGCCAGGAGCAGUUGAUGACGCAGAAGUUGAAACCGAGCCAGCCAAGAAGGAGAAGAAGAAAAAGAGAAAGCAGACUGAAGGAGCAGAUGAAGAUGGUGAUGCGGAUGUCAGCGAGAAGAAGAAGAAAAAGAAGAGGAAACAUGCUGAAACUGAGGAUGGCGGUGACGAGACUUCUGCUAAGAAGAAAGAUAAAAAGAAGAAGAAGAAAAGCCUAGACUGAUGCAUGCACGAGCAACAGGUCUAACAUUUUUGUUCCUUGGUCUAGAUUUGGUGCUGUGCAUGUAAGUAGGCCUCUUUCUUGGCAAGAUGUUUCUUGGUUAACUAUCAUGGCUGUAUUUCCUAGUAUGCAUUGGAUAAUUAUGCUUUCGAAACGUGACUUUGUAUUUUAUUUUAUUUAUGUUAGUGAAAUAUGAUGCCUUCUAA